GGACCUUGGUGGCUGAUUGGACUGAGGAUCUUGUAUUUCCAUAAAAAGCAGCUCCACAUUCAUAUCAGAACCCUUAUAUAUAAACACCCUGAUAAUGUUUUGUUCCCACUGGCUCUACUGUCCUCCUUCCUGGCUUUCUUUUUCAUCGUAGGCUGUUAAAAAAAGAACCUGCCAAUAUGUCUCACGACAAGAAGAUGAGUUCAAGCCGCAGGCACCACCUGAAGAGUUUAAUUUUGUCAGUGGCUGCAACCUGGCUUGAGAAAGAGAAAAAGGAAGUAAUUGAAGCUAAGGAGGCGUACAUGGCUGAGAAAUGUCCUCCACCAAAUCUUAGUGGAGACCAGGCUACCCUCAUGGAAACCUGCAAAAAGUUACAUGCUCUCAUUGACAAAAUUGAUGAAGAGAGAUAUGACUUGGAGGCUAAAGUUGGCAAAGCUGAUAAAGAGAUUGAAGAUCUAAAGAUUAAAGUUGUGGACCUGGCUGGAGUAAAGAAACCUGCCCUGAAGAAAGUGCGUAUGUCUGCCGAUGCUAUGCUGAAGGCUCUGCUGGGCUCCAAACACACGGUUAAUCUAGACCUGAGGGCCAACCUGAAGCAGGUCAAGAAGGAGACCAAGGAGGAGCCCACAGACGCCGUUGGAGACUGGCGUAAGAACAUUGAGGACAAAGCUGACAGAAAGAAGAUGUUUGAAACUUCUUAAAGAACUGAACUCUACUCUCCAGUUGCUCUGGGCUGUUCACACCUUUUUGAAAUGUCCAUCAUUUUGAAUUGAAUCAUCUUUUGUUUAAAAAAAAAGUGUGUGUCAGCCUGUUUUUGUUAUUGUACAUUUGUUUAAUGCAGAAAUAACAUUAGCUCAGAAGGUAGAGCAGUUGACCUGUUGUAUGGUUGGUCAUUGAAUCUCCAACUUUUCCAGUCAAAAAAUUUCACUGUCCAAGAUACUGAUCCCAACAAUGUCCUGCUUAAAUAUGUUCUUCAAAUAUCAAUCGCAGAUAAAUGAAUAAAUAGAAAGCAAGG